CCUCGUCAGGGCCCUGACUGGAGGAACACAGGGACCGCUGGUUGGCCAGGGUUUCCUAUUUAAACUCAAAGAGAGCCACUGGACCUGGCCACCUGCAUCCUGACCCUGAGAGGUGGUCUCUAAACCCACUCACCCAGUGGUUUCCAAACAAAAUGCAUGUUAGACUGGUUUGGCUGCAAAGAAGAAUUCUGUGUACACUGGGAGCAAUACCCUGAUUCCUGUCAGGCUGCAGAACUGGGCUGACAUCAGAAUCCAAACAUCCUCUGGUGAGGAGCAGCCAUCUCCUCCUCGGGGCAUCCUUUCCAUCAGAAACGGGAGAUGAGACUGGCUAAGCCACUGUUGUUCUGCUAAGAGGAGGAGCAUCAGAUUCAUCCUUCGUGGUCCCAAGGGCAUCUUCGCUGUUCGUAUGCGAGACUCCUGCUGCCACAAGGAACUUGGAGGCGAGCGACUGGGUCAGAUGGCACUGCACUGGAGAGGCUGAGCCAAUUGGAGCAAAUCGCUUGUGCUAGCAAAGGCUGCUCUGAGGUUGAGUUUUGUCACUAGAUGCUGCGCGGGACAUCUGAUUAGACUGACUCACUUCGCUGAUUUACUGCUCCGGGCCUGCUGUCUUGGAAGGGAAGUGCCUGAGCACCAAAGCUGGGUCUCUACUGGCACCCUCAGCAAGUUCGCAUAUGACACUAAGCUGCGGGAAGAGGGUUCAUGCCAGUGGCUUUCUCACAUGGAGGAUGAAGGGACAGAGUAAUGGUCUGAAGAAUUCGCCUGCCAGCCACCCUCCCCAGUUGUCUGUCACAACCAGUACUGAAGAUGAUCCGGAGCGGACCGAGCUCGGCUCCAGCAGAGCCCUGUCUGCAGGUGAUGAUACCUCCUCGGAGCUGCAGAGGGUGGCUGCGUUGGACAAUGCAGAUCAGCCAGACCGCUCCACCUUCCAAGGGAGAGGAGCUCUGUCCAGGAUAAUCCGGCUGGUCGUGGUGCUCAGAGACUGGGCUAACAAAGGCUUGCGAGAGGAGGAGCAAAGGCCAGACUCGUUUCUCGAGCGGUUCCAUGGGCCGGAGCUCCAGAUGGUGACCGAAGCAGAUGGCAAUGCCCAAGGGGACCAAGAAAAUGAUAGCAGCAAACGCAAAAAGAAGAAAUGGGAGCUCUUUGUAGUGGAUCCUGCAGAAGACUGGUAUUACCACUGGCUGCUUGUCAUUGCAGUGCCCGUCCUUUACAACUGGUGUUUACUCGUGGCAAGAUCCUGUUUCAGUGACCUCCAGAGGGACUACUGGAUCCACUGGCUGGUGCUGGACUAUGUCUCGGACUGUAUCUACGUCGCCGAUAUUGUCAUUCGGCUGCGCACAGGUUUUUUGGAACAGGGUCUGCUGGUCAGGGACCCGAAGAAGCUACGGGAUAACUACAUCACCACCUUACAAUUCAAGCUGGACGUCCUCUCCAUCUUGCCAACAGACCUGGCCUACCUUGCAGUGGGAUUACAUCAGCCUGAACUACGCUUCAACCGGCUGCUGCACUUCUCCCGCAUGUUUGAGUUUUUCGACCGGACCGAGACUAGAACCAGCUACCCAAAUAUUUUCAGGAUCAGCAACCUGGUUCUCUACAUCCUGAUAAUUAUCCAUUGGAACGCCUGUAUUUACUAUGCCAUCUCCAAGGCCAUUGGGUUUGGGACAGACACCUGGGUGUACCCCAAUAUCACCGACCCUGAGUAUGGCUAUCUCGCCAAAGAAUAUGUCUACUGCCUCUACUGGUCCACUCUGACCCUGACAACCAUUGGUGAGACCCCGCCCCCAGAGCGCGAUGAGGAGUACCUCUUUGUCAUUGUCGACUUCCUCAUUGGAGUCCUGAUCUUCGCCACCAUCGUGGGGAAUGUGGGCUCCAUGAUCUCCAACAUGAAUGCCACCAGGGCAGAGUUCCAGGCCAAGAUAGAUGCCAUCAAGCACUACAUGCAAUUCCGCAAGGUCAGCAAGCACAUGGAGGCCAAAGUUAUCAAGUGGUUUGACUACUUGUGGACCAACAAGAAGGCUGUGGAUGAGCGUGAGGUCCUCAAGAACCUCCCUGACAAGCUGAGGGCAGAGAUUGCCAUCAAUGUCCACCUGGAGACUUUGAAGAAAGUAAGAAUCUUCCAGGACUGUGAGGCUGGUCUGCUGGUGGAGCUAGUGCUGAAGCUUCGACCACAGGUUUUCAGCCCAGGAGAUUAUAUUUGCCGGAAGGGGGACAUUGGCAAGGAGAUGUACAUCAUCAAGGAAGGAAAGCUGGCUGUGGUGGCAGAGGAUGGCGUGACUCAGUACGCUUUACUCACCACAGGAAGUUGCUUUGGUGAGAUCAGCAUCCUCAACAUCAAAGGGAGCAAAAUGGGCAACCGGCGCACGGCCAACAUCCGAAGCCUUGGCUACUCCGAUCUCUUCUGCCUGUCGAAGGAUGACUUGAUGGAAGCAGUGACUGAGUACCCUGAUGCCAAGCGGGUCCUGGAGGAGCGUGGCCGGGAGAUCCUGAUCAAGGAAGGGCUUCUGGAUGAGUCUGCGACUGCAGAGAGCUCGGAAGGGAAGGACACUGAGCAGAAGCUGGAGAGGCUGGAGUCCCACCUGAACACGCUGCACACCCGUUUUGCCCGGCUCCUAACUGAGUACAAUGCUGCCCAGCAGAAGCUCAAACAGCGCAUAACUGUUUUGGAAUCCAGGGUAAAGCAGUACAACCAGGAGGAAUUCUUCUCAGACAGCUCAGACAGCCCCCUGGAGGAAGAAGAAGUAGCUAAAUUCAAAGGGCAGGAGUGAGGGCCACAGAUGUUAGCUUUGGCUGUGUGCACGGUAUUGAGAUGGUAUUUCCAGGAAUGCAUUGCUCCCACUGCCUUAUAUGAGACUUAUCUUGAACCCAUAGAAGUGCUGCUGCGGCCUUGGAUGGCUGGGAACUGAGUAGAGAGCAGUCAGGUGACUCCAGUAGCUCUCACUCAGGUUUCUCUCUCUCCUUGCUGCGUUUAUCCAAGACCUCACAGAUCCGUAAAAGCACGAGACUGACCUCUGCUGCUGCUAACAUUUCCUUUAAGCUCCUGCAGGGAGCCUGCUGGCCUCUUUCUGGCCUUAGAGAUCAGGACUCCAUUAACUCAGUGCCUUGCACGUGGGAGUCAGUGAGGACUUCUGGACCCUGGCAUUGCCGAGGUGGGAGUGCAUAAGCAUUGAUGUAGUCAGAGAUCUUCACUUCUCCCUUUUUUUGGUGGGGCUGGUGAGGAGGAUGCCCUUCAUUAUCUCAUGGGAAUGCUGGUCCUUCUAAAUCGCAAGAGAGAAACUGAAGCAUAAACCAGAUGCUCAUUAAUGUAUUUUGGUAUCUGCUUUUCUAACACACACACUAUGUUAUGUAAAUACUACUUUUCCAGUGUCUGAGUC